UGUGAUAGUGGUAUUGCGUUUCGGUGUUGUGCUUUUAAUUUUGCAUAAAAAUAUCUAAAUAAACGACGGUCAUGCCGAAGACAAUACCCGAUAGGUGGUUGGAAUAUAAACCUUACGGUACAGUGAUCAAUGGUACAAAAAUUUUACCGUUCAAAGUGCCACUAAAACUGGCACUGAGCGACAAUUUAGAACCGGAGAAACGAUUUACACCGUCGAUAUUAAUGCGAGCGUUCCCACGUCUCAAAUGUAUUAUCGACUUGACGAACACAGAUCGCUACUACAAUGAAAACGACUUCGUAAAAUAUGGCGUCAAGUAUGAGAAAAUUAUGGUACACGGGCGGGAUGUCCCAUCUAUGGAAGUGGUGCUAAAAUUCUUUAAAGCGAUGGAUGAUUUUACGUCAACUUGUGAUGAAGAUGAUAUUGUGGGAAUUCAUUGUACGCAUGGUGUGAAUCGUACUGGGUAUCUUAUUUGUAGGUAUCUAGUGCAGCAAUUAGGUUGGAAACUUGAAGAUUGUUUAAAAGCGUUCGAAAAGGCUCGUGGACAUUCCAUCGAGCGUGAGAACUAUUUAAACGCGUUAAAGAGAAUACCGCAGGAGAAAAUCGACACUAGUAAAGUCGCCGUGAAAUCAAUCGCAACACCGAUGCCUGAAGCAUCGAGAAAGAUGGUAACCCGUAUCUCCGCGAAGUACACGAGAGGUAGGCCAUCACCGAUGAGAUCGCUUGGCUUCGUAUCAUCACGUCGCGCUUUCCCAAAGGAUGGUCCAUUUUCCCCGCCACAUUUCGGGUUUGGUGGUCCUCCGCCAGGUUUCCGUUCCAUGCCACCUCCACCUGGUAUACCACCCAUACUGCCACCCCCAGGUCCUCCACCUAUGUACGUGCCAAGACCGUUUAGGUACGGACCACCGCCGCGACCAGCUAUGCCUCCACCGCCGCCUAGACCGGGAUUCCCUAUUCCCGGUUUUCCACCACCCUGUCCCCCCAGAACACCUGGCGGGAUAAGGUUAUCUCACGGGCCACCUGCUCGGUUACCACCGCCAAAAAUGCCUCCUCCUCCACCUCCACCGCCUCCUCCACCACCUCCACCACCUCCUCCACCUUCGUCUUUGUCGAAAUCCGCGCCGACACGACCUGCCGCGUUGGAACGACUGCAAGUGCAAAAGAGGAAACCGCACCUGAGAAAUGGUAUAGUGAGGCCAGCGAGGUAUCACGUCGACAUUGUUAGGCACAAUAGCCAAAUGCGUAGGAUAAUACCGAAGUUACUAAAGGAGCAGGAUUUCACGAUAGACACUUUCGAGGAAAAUUUACUGACAGUUUCCAGCCAGUCGACCAGAUGGCCAACGAAAAGAAGAUUCAAUCAAAGCAAGUAAUGUCGAUGUCAUCUAGGCGGCAUAAUAUUAACAGAAUGGUACAAUAUAUCGUAUAACUCGUUAUCGCCGAGACUCGAAGCCAUCCUUUCGGUGUUUAAGCAUCGACGUAUAAGCAAUUUGUAAAGAAAUUGGACAACGACGGUUACUAACUAGUACGAUUACGGAGAUUUUUGGUGACUUGGGCAAAUAGAGAAGAAACCGAACGAACAUUCGUUGAACGUGUUAUGCGUAAUGUAUACACGAACGUGUAAUACAAUGUAAAAAUUGUAAUUGAAUG